AUGUGGGAUUCUCUCUCCAACCCACCGGAGGGCCUCAUCGGAGGUUACCAAGGGUCCAGCCUCGCGAUCAAGAUCUUGAUGGCUGUCUUCAGUGCCAUUGCCCUCUACAAUGCAGUCGAACUCGUUAUUCUCAUUUUCCUCACUUUCACUCGCUACAGUGGACUCUACUUUUGGAGCAUGCUUCUGUCCGACGUACUCGGGGUCAUUCCCCACGCGGUUGGCUAUUUGCUGGAAUUUUUCGCGGUGGGCCCAUUGUGGUUUGCGGUCACUCUUUCGACAAUCGGUUUCUACUUUAUGGUGCCUGGCCAAUCCAUUGUGUUAUAUUCUCGUCUUCAUCUGGUGGUACAAAGCCAAACGACCCUUCGACGUGUUCUCGCCAUGAUCAUCAUUGAUGCAAUUAUCCUCCUCAUUCCUACGACUGUCCUUACCUAUAGCACUAUUUACAUUGGCUCCACGGCGAUCAUCAGAGGGUACAAUGUGAUGGAGCGAAUGCAGCUGGCCUGGUUUUGCGCUCAGGAGAUUCUCAUCUCCGGCAUCUACAUUGUUGAAACAAUCAAUUUACUCCGGUUGCGGCCGGAAAAGGAUCCGCAACGACACAAGAGCAUGUACGAGUUGAUUGCGAUCAAUAUGGUCAUUGUCUUGUUGGAUGUGUCCCUCCUCGUGCUGGAGUAUGUGGGACUGUACACCCUCCAGACCACGCUCAAGGCCGCUGUUUACAGCGUCAAACUGAAGCUGGAGUUUGGAGUAUUGCGGAAACUUGUCUCGCUCGUCAACACCCGCCCGUCAGAAUCCAGCUCGACCGACCAGGAUGACUUCCCGAACUUCGUGGACCCAGAGCAGAUCACGGGCGAUGUCACGCGAGCAGCUCCGCCCAGCGCGCACACGCAGUCGCGAUAUCCCUGGACAGCCCUUUCCAUGGACAGCCUGGCUUUGUCCGAGCCCGUUCCCGGGGUUGCGACGUGGCUAUUGAGAUCUAGUUCCUUCGAACCCCUAAACAGAUCAGGUGUUCGGGAAUUGACUAUGCCAACUGAGCUGAAUGUCCUCCCAAGGCGACCUGCCAAGCGUGCCCACUGGGUCGCCUAGUUUGCCCGAUUGCUUCGGUCCGAACCCCAUGCCUGCCCGGGAUGGUCCCUGCGACACGCCCAGGAUUUGGGGGAGUUCUUGGCCCAAGCGCCGACAUGACUGGGACUGCGCGAUUCUUCUUUGGGCAUGGCUACUGCAUACGCCUUUGCCCAAAUUGAGCGACGGGAAGGGACAAUCGGUCGAGAAGCCGGUUUGUGUAUACCUUGUAUAGACUUCGCACCAGUCAUAUUGUACAUAUCAUUUCUGUAAAUCUAGUGGUGUGCUUUUGCAUAUACCCAAUCUAGAUCCAUUUCAGUUGC